AUGUCUAACGCCUCAGUUCCGCAGCACAUAUUGAUCAUAGGCGCUGGCGUCUUUGGUCUCUCCACGGCGCUCUCGCUCCUCUCCAACCCCUCGUAUAAUGGCACCCGCAUAACCAUCAUCGACGGCUCCCCCUCCUUGCCGAACCCCUCGGGCUCUUCUGUCGACGCGAACCGCAUCGUCCGCGCCGACUAUGCCGAUAGACACUAUGCUCGGCUGGCCUCUGAGGCGCAACGGCUCUGGCGGGACACGAGGGCAGAAGCAUGGGGAGGGGAAGGCAGAUACCACGAGCCCGGAUUCGUGCUGACGGCUGACGAGGACAAGGACGCAUACCUGCAAGAAUCCCUGGGCAAUGUGAGGAGACUGGCACAAGAGAACCACGGCGACGUAGACUUGGGCAAGAUCCGGGAAUUGCGUGGAUAUGACGAGAUUCGAAAGGCGACCGGUUACGACAAUGUAAGCGGGGACCAUGGCUACGCCAACUUCAACUCAGGAUGGGCCGAUGCCGAAGCGUGUGUCGCUUAUGCCCUGAGGAGGAUACAGCGCGAGGGUGCCGGCCGUGUAAGCGUUCGCCCAGGCGCGCAGGUCGCCAGGCUCGUCUUCUCCGGAGACGAUUGCCAGGGCGUGGAAUUGGCCGGAGGGGAGCAGGUCCAGGCAGACCUGACCGUGUUGGCAGCCGGUGCGUGGAGUCCCAGCCUCAUCGACCUUCAAGGCCGAUGUCUGGCGACCGGCCAGACGAUGGCAUAUUUGGACAUCACCCCUGAAGAACAGGCUGCGAUGGCAGACCGCCCGACGAUAAUGAACAUGAGUCGAGGGAUGUUUGUCAUUCCUCCACGAGGGAACGAACUCAAAAUCGCGCGACAUGGGUAUGGAUAUCGAAAUCCCGUUGAAAUAUCCAGGGCGAUCAUCGACCCUCGUGGUGACAACUCGAACGGCGUCGACCCGGGGUCCGUGGCAGUCAGCGUCCCCAAAGUUGGCAUCCCCAUUCCGCGCGAAGCUGAAGAAGCCCUGCGAGAAGCCCUUGGCGAGAUUCUGCCCCAUAUGGCGGACAGACCGUUCACGCGCACGCGAAUAUGCUGGUACUGCGACACCCCGACCGGCAACUUCCUCAUAACCUCGCACCCGCGCCUCAAGCACCUCUUCCUCGCCACCGGCGGCUCGGGCCACGGAUUCAAAUUCUUCCCCGUGAUCGGGGACAAGAUUGUCGCGGCGAUCCAGGGCCGACUGGAACCCGAGUUGGCGCACAUCUGGCGGUGGAGGAGUCCGCAGGACCUGAGGGAGGAGGUCAUCAAAAAUGGCGGAGACGAGUUCAUCGCAUGUGAAGACGGGAGUCGGGCGGGGGAAAAGGGCAUGAUUCUCGACGAGGAGAUGAAGAGGGGGACGGCCACGACAUAG